AUGAGGACAGAUGUCUAUGUUACCCGGUUCCUGGCCCUCUCCAUCCAAGGAGGGCUUGGCAAUGAACAUGCAUUAGAACUGCUGGAGCGCAAUGUGAACCCCCGCAUUGCAGAACAGAUCUACUUGCAGGAUACAAGAAACGAAAAUCUGGCCCUGGCGGCUGAGAAAGUACGACGCGUCGGUAGAGUCAUGGAGCUCUACGCUAUGCACCAAGGUGGCGGGUCCACCACCAAAAACAACCAAUCCCAGAGGCGCCCUGGGUCAUCAAACCACCAUAAUCACUCUCACGGGUUCAAGCUGUUCGGGCUGCAACCAGGGCAGGGAGCCCCUAUAGAUAUUGGCGUGGCCACCCAACAAAAAAAUAAUCAAGGGUGCCAGGUGCACCAACUAGAAACAGAAAAACUGGACAAUCGGCUCCAGACUCAGGCCAGUCGUUCAUAUGACAAGAUCCAGGCCUUCUUUUAUGACCAGCAGGUCACUGAGAUGAAGGUUCAGGGAAAAGAGUUAGGAGCUUAG